AUGCUGCUGCCCGAGGGGAUCAGAAGAGAGAAUAAUAAGAUGUAUGAGGAGGUUCAGAUCCCCCCCAACGAUCCCAUGCCCAUCGGGUUUGAGGAGAAGCCCGUGUUCAUCUCGGAGCUGGACGAGAUUGGCCAGUUGGUGUUCAAGGGCAUGAAGAAGUUGAACAGAAUCCAGUCUAUAGUGUUCGAGACCGCUUACAACACCAAUGAAAACCUGCUCAUCUGCGCGCCCACCGGUGCCGGCAAAACCAACAUUGCCAUGCUCACGGUCCUACACGAGAUCCGCCAGCACCUGCAGCCCGGGGGAGUCAUACGCAAGGACCAGUUUAAGAUUGUAUACGUUGCUCCUAUGAAGGCCCUGGCUGCUGAGAUGACUAAUUACUUCAGUAAGCGAUUGGAGCCUCUGGGAAUCGCUGUCAAAGAGCUGACGGGAGACAUGCAGCUGACCAAAGGAGAAAUCCUCCGCACUCAGAUGUUGGUGACGACUCCAGAGAAGUGGGAUGUGGUGACGAGGAAGAGUGUGGGAGACGUGGCUCUGUCUCAGAUCGUGCGACUGCUCAUCCUGGACGAAGUUCAUCUUCUUCACGAGGACAGAGGGCCCGUCCUGGAGAGCCUGGUGGCCCGCACACUGCGGCAGGUGGAGUCGACCCAGAGUAUGAUUCGCAUACUUGGUCUCUCUGCAACUCUGCCAAAUUACUUGGAUGUGGCGUCUUUCCUGCAUGUGAACCCUUUCAUUGGAUUGUUCUACUUUGACAGCCGUUUCCGUCCUGUUCCACUUGGCCAGAGCUUUGUUGGCAUCAAGACUACAAAUAAGAUUCAGCAGCUGCAUGACAUGGAGGAGGUUUGUUAUGAGAAGGUCCUGGAGCAGAUCAGAGCAGGUCACCAGGUGAUGGUGUUUGUGCACGCCCGUAACUCUACGGUCCGCACCGCCAUGAGUCUGAUCGAGAUGGCCAAGAACCGAGGAGAGCUGUCGUUCUUCCAGGUCGACCACGGCCCAGACUACGGCCAGUGUGAGAAACAGGUGCAGCGCUCCAGAAACAAGCAGAUGAGGGAGAUGUUUCCCGACGGCUUCGGGAUCCAUCACGCCGGGAUGUUACGGCAGGACCGAACACUCAUGGAGAACAUGUUUUCAAGAGGAUACAUAAAGAUUCUGGUGUGCACCGCCACGCUGGCCUGGGGUGUUAACUUACCCGCUCACGCAGUCAUCAUCAAGGGCACUAAUAUCUAUGAUGCCAAGCGUGGAGCGCUGGUGGAUCUGGGCAUCCUGGACGUGAUGCAGAUCUUCGGUCGGGCCGGACGGCCACAGUUUGACAAGUACGGUGAGGGAACCAUCAUCACGACCCAUGAGAAGCUGAGCCAUUACCUGACGCUCCUGACCCAGCAGAACCCCAUCGAGAGCCAGUUCCAGCAGAGCCUAUCCGACAACCUCAACGCUGAGAUCGCUCUAGGGACGGUCACUAAUGUUGAUGAAGCCGUCCGGUGGUUGAGUUACACGUAUCUGUACGUGCGAAUGAGAGCCAAUCCACUCGUUUACGGGAUCAACCACAAGGCCUGUCAGAUGGACCCGCAGUUGGAGCUCUACAGGAAGGAGUUAGUGGUGGAGUCGGGCAGAAAGCUUGAUAAAGCUCGGAUGAUCCGGUUCGACGAGAGGACGGGUUAUUUUGCGUCCACAGAUCUUGGCAGGACGGCCAGUCACUUCUACAUAAAGUACAACACUAUGGAGACUUUCAAUGAGCUUUUCAGCGCGCAGAAGACCGAAGCAGAUAUUCUGAGCAUCGUUUCAAAAGCGGAAGAGUUUGAGCAGAUCAAGGUCCGGGACGAGGAGCUGGAGGAACUGGAGAAGAUGUUGUGUGAUUUCUGUGAGCUUCCAGCGGCUGGAGGAGUGGAGAACGGUUACGGGAAGAUCAACAUCCUCCUCCAGACGUACAUCGGGCGCGGGGAAGUGGACAGCUUCUCCCUCAUCUCUGACCUGUCUUAUGUAGCGCAGAACGCAGCUCGGAUCGUGCGGGCCCUGUUCGAGAUCGCCCUGAGGAAGCGCUGGCCCGUCAUGACCCACCGCCUGCUGAACCUGUGUAAGGUGAUCGACAAGCGCCUGUGGGGCUGGGCUCACCCGCUCCGGCAGUUCAGCGCUCUGCCCUCGUCUGUGCUGUCCCGCCUGGAGGAGAGGAAGAUCACCCUGGACCAGCUCAGAGACAUGGGCAAAGAUGAGAUCGGUCACAUGUUGCAUCACGUGAACAUCGGGCUGAAGGUGAAGCAGUGUGUUCAUCAGAUCCCUGCCAUCCUGAUGGAGUCCAGCAUUCAGCCAAUCACACGCACGGUCCUGCGCGUGCGCCUCAGCAUCACCCCCGACUUCAGGUGGAGUGACCAGGUCCACGGGUCGGUGGGAGAGCCCUGGUGGCUGUGGGUGGAGGAUCCCAUCAACGACCACAUCUACCACUCCGAGUACUUCCUCCUGCAGAAGAAACAGGUGUUGAGUGGAGAGCCUCAGCAGGUCGUCUUCACCAUUCCCAUCUUUGAGCCUAUGCCUUCCCAGUAUUACAUCCGAGCCGUGUCUGACCGCUGGCUGGGCUCUGAAGCGGUGUGUAUCAUCAACUUCCAGCACCUCAUUCUGCCUGAGAGACACCCGCCACACACAGAGCUCUUGGAUCUCCAGCCGUUGCCUGUGACUGCACUGGGAAACAGGGAGUACGAGAGUCUAUACAAGUUCACGCACUUUAAUCCCAUUCAGACGCAGAUCUUCCACACGCUGUACCACACGGACACUAAUGUCCUGCUGGGAGCGCCCACCGGCUCCGGGAAGACCAUCGCUGCAGAGAUGGCCAUCUUCAGGGUCUUCAACAUGUACCCCACCUCCAAGGUGGUCUACAUCGCUCCUCUCAAAGCUCUGGUCCGAGAGAGGAUUGAGGACUGGAAGAUCAGAAUCGAAGAGAAACUUGGGAGGAAGGUGGUUGAGUUAACAGGUGACGUUACUCCUGACAUGCGGGCCAUAGCGCAGGCGGACCUGAUCGUCACGACUCCAGAGAAAUGGGACGGAGUGAGCCGGAGCUGGCAGAACCGCAGCUAUGUGCAGAAAGUGGCCAUUCUCAUCAUAGACGAGAUCCAUCUCCUGGGUGAGGACAGAGGGCCGGUUCUAGAGGUCAUCGUGUCCAGAACCAACUUUAUCUCAUCGCACACCUCAAAGUCAGUCCGUGUGGUGGGACUCUCUACAGCGCUGGCUAAUGCUCGGGAUCUAGCCGACUGGCUGGGCAUCGGACAGGUGGGACUGUUUAAUUUCCGGCCCUCUGUUCGCCCAGUGCCGUUGGAGGUUCACAUCCAGGGUUUUCCUGGGCAACAUUAUUGCCCUCGUAUGGCCAGCAUGAACAAACCAGUCUUCCAGGCCAUUCGCACACAUUCUCCAGCCAAACCGGUCCUCAUAUUUGUGUCCUCACGCCGGCAGACGCGGCUCACGGCGCUGGACCUCAUCGCGUUUCUGGCCACAGAAGAUGACCCCAAACAGUGGCUCCACCAGGAUGAGAGAGAGAUGACCGAUAUCAUUUCCACUGCAAGAGAGUCAAACCUGAAGCUGACCCUGGCGUUCGGGAUCGGGAUGCAUCACGCAGGCCUUCACGAGCGGGAUAGGAAGACCGUGGAAGAGCUCUUCGUCAACUGUAAGAUCCAGGUGCUGAUAGCGACGAGCACACUAGCGUGGGGCGUUAACUUCCCUGCGCACCUGGUGAUCGUGAAGGGCACAGAAUACUACGACGGGAAGACCCACCGCUACGUGGAUUACCCCAUAACAGAUGUUCUUCAGAUGAUGGGUCGAGCGGGACGGCCCCAGUUCGAUGACCAGGGCAAGGCUGUUAUCCUUGUGCAUGACAUCAAGAAGGACUUCUAUAAGAAGUUCUUGUACGAGCCGUUCCCUGUGGAGUCGAGUCUUCUGAGUGUCCUCUCCGACCACUUGAAUGCAGAAAUCGCAGCAGGAACAGUCGCCUCAAAGCAGGACGCCAUGGAUUACAUCACCUGGACGUACUUCUUCCGCAGGCUGGUCAUGAACCCGAGCUACUAUAAUUUGGAUGACACCAGCCAUGAAACCAUUAACAAAUACCUUUCAACCCUGGUGGAGAGGAGCCUGAGAGACCUGGAGUGCUCGUACUGCAUGGAGAUACAGCAGGACGACCAGACCAUCGACCCGCUGACCUACGGUCGCAUUGCAUCCUACUACUACCUGAAACACCAGACGAUCCGCAUGUUUAAGGAGCGCCUGAAGCCGGAGCUGCUGGUCCAGGAUCUGCUGGCCGUCCUGUCGGAAGCCGAGGAGUACGCCGAGCUCCCGGUCCGGCACAACGAGGACCAGUUGAACAGUGAACUGGCCCAGCGGCUCCCAGUGCCGGUCAACCCUCACUCCUACGACAGCGCACACACCAAAACACACUUGCUCCUGCAGGCCCACUUCAGCCGCGCAACACUGCCCUGCAGCGACUACAGCACCGACACCAAAACUGCCCUGGACAACACCAUACGCAUCUGCCAG